ACACACAUACAGAUACACGUAAUAGUUUGUUCUUUCUCUCGGCCGAGAAGGCAUUAAGUGUGUGUGUGUGUGUGUAUGUGUGUGUGUGUGUGUGUGAGUUUUUAUAUAUGUAUGUCUGUGUAAAUGCGAGUGUGCCAUCAUGAUUGGAAAACUACGCAUUCGUUGAAAAGUUCGGGCAUUUCCACCGGCCAGCUCAUCUCUCCGCAUUACCGAACUUUUUUGUCAUCAUCAACGUGUUAUCACGCUUUGUGCUCCCAGCUGUGUUGGUUUUAACGGUCGUGUGUUCACUAGUUGAGCAAAUUUUGCCGUGCAGUCAAGAGGAGGUAAAACCCAACCUUUUUUUUAAGGAGAAAGAAACGGAAAAAAAUCUAUGCGGUGCCAGGGCGGGAGAACGGCGAAAAAAAGGUGAUCUCUGCCUCAGGCUAUGUGACAUUCCAAUCAACCUGUUGGUUGCUGGAACCCGUUUUUUUUUCUCUUCUUCCUAGCUUCCACCUGAUUGCGUACACACAGGCCCCACUCCAUCGAAAAGGCUGUCGUGUGUGAAUUUCACAGCCCUCCGAAACCCAAAUUUCGUCAUUAUCGUGAUUGUGUUUUUUUUUUAAAUUUCAAAACAAAGCAUCAUCAUGGAUGAUGGAAACGGUCAGGUGACCUUCAUGUUCCAAGUUGGACUCGUUCGAGACUUUAUCUCCACGGAUGCCUCUCAGUUAACACUGAAAACGCUCAAAGAUUUGGCCUGCAAUUUUAUUAAUCAACGGUUCUUGGAUCAUGGCAUCCCACGACUCAACGAGUGUGUCAACCUCUUCCGGCACGAUUACACCAAGCCCAACAUUCUACAGCUCAUCAACUCCGCCUCGGAGAUCACUGACGACACGCUAGUCGAAAUUGUCCUUUCGGCCAACAUUCCCCAAGAUGGCGUGCAAAUCCGUCCGCAUCAACUCAACGUGCACUCGUACAAGUCGCCUGCCUUUUGCGACUUUUGCGGCGAGAUGCUCUUCGGUCUGGUCCGUCAAGGACUCAAAUGCGAAUUUUGCGGCCUGAGUUUCCAUAAACGAUGCGUCUACAAAAUUCCAAACAACUGCUCUUACACACGGAGCAGGCGAUCGUCGUCGUCAUUGACGCCGUCGCUUUUACCGCCACCUUCCAACGUCCUGCCUCGCAGUCCGUCCGAUUCCAUGUCCUGCAGUGAUGAAUCUAUUACAGUCAGCGUCAUGCGCAGUGUGUCCAACAGCCCGUCAAGCGGCAGCACAAGUCCGAGUAUUCAAAAGCACGGCAGGCCUUCCAUAAGCGCUGGCCGUCCUUUUUGGAUUGAAAAGGAAAUGGCUGGUCGCAUUAAAAUCCCGCACACGUUUGUCGUCCACUCGUAUACGAAGCCGACUGUCUGCCAUUUCUGCCGUAAGCUCCUUAAAGGCCUCUUCAAGCAAGGCCUGCAAUGCCGCGACUGUCGUUUCAACGUUCAUCGCAAAUGCAAAGACAACAUUCCCAACACGUGCACAGGCGAAGCUCCCAAGGAGCCGGGAGUUGAGACGGACACUGAGAGCUUAGAUGAACAGAUGGCUCCCAUGGCCGAUGGAGUUGACGAAGACAGUGACGAUGACAUUUCAAUGACCCACAGCCAUAACAUGCCAGAUGACUGUAUUCCUGAAGUGGCUGAUGACAUCACGAUCAAAAUUCGACCCAGCAGCCCAACCAUGAGUAGCAACAUCCCGUUGAUGCGAAUUGUCCAGUCGGUCAAGCACACCAAGAGGCGAGGCUCUAACGUCUUGAAGGAGGGUUGGAUGAUUCACUACACCAACAAAGACUCUUCUAGACGGAGACACUUUUGGCGGCUAGAUACCAAAUCCAUUACUCUGUAUCAAAACGAAACUGGAAAACACUUUUAUAAAGAGUUGCCGUUAUCAGAGAUCUUGGCCGUUGAGACCGCCAAAGACCGAAUGCACUGUUUUGAACUGAGGACGGCCAACGUCGACUACUACAUCGGGGAGGACCCCAACUUUGGCCAGAAAGAGAAUGGCAAUGCAGCUUCGGCCCUCCCGCAAGCCCUAGAGACAGGACUCGGUGUCCACUUGGCCAAAUCUUGGGAGACGGCCAUCCGCCAGGCUUUACUGCCCCUAACCAACAACUCGCAAGGAGCCGCCGCUUCCGCCUCCGCUCUGACAAAACCAGCUGCCGGGGAUAGCAAUGGUGACAGAGAACAAGAAAUCGGAUCGGAUAUCGGACAGGUCUAUCAAAUUUUCCCUGACGAAGUACUGGGAUCGGGCCAGUUUGGUGUUGUGUACGGAGGAGCACACCGCAAGACAAAUAGACCUGUGGCGAUCAAGGUCAUCGACAAGAUGCGGUUCCCCACCAAACAAGCUGACCAACUCAAAAACGAGGUCUGUAUUCUGCAGAACCUGUCACACCCAGGAGUUGUCAACUUGGAGCGCAUGUUUGAAACGCCCGAGCGCAUUUUCGUCGUCAUGGAAAAGCUUAAAGGCGACAUGCUGGAGAUGAUUCUCUCUAGUGAAAAGGGACGGUUGUCGGAGCGUAUCACCAAGUUCCUCGUCACCCAGAUUCUCGUUGCAUUAAAACAUUUGCAUAGCAAGAAUAUUGUCCAUUGUGACCUGAAACCAGAGAAUGUCUUACUAUCAACCAACGCCGAAUUCCCACAAGUGAAACUGUGCGAUUUUGGUUUCGCUCGUAUCAUUGGAGAAAAAUCUUUCCGCCGAUCUGUGGUCGGAACCCCCGCCUAUCUUGCUCCCGAAGUCUUGCGAAAUAAGGGCUAUAAUCGGUCACUGGAUAUGUGGAGUGUCGGUGUGAUCGUCUACGUAAGUUUGAGUGGAACGUUCCCUUUCAACGAAGAUGAAGAUAUCAACGACCAAAUUCAAAAUGCAGCCUUUAUGUACCCCCCUAAUCCUUGGAAGGAAAUCUCUUCCGACGCCAUUGAUUUGAUUGCCAAUGUUCUGCAAGUAAAACAGCGAAAGCGCUACACAGUGGACAAGUCUCUGAACCAUAUAUGGUUGCAGGAUUAUCAAACGUGGUGCGACUUGCGAGAACUCGAACGCCAAAUCGGUAUCCGCUACGCCACCCACGAAUCGGACGACGCCCGCUGGGAAGCCUACCGCCGAGAGCACGUGUUGGAUAACGGUGAUCACUUUAAUGCCUCUUACGGCAGACUCCGAAUUUAAUGUAGUGUGGGCCAAAAGAAAGAAAAACAAAACAAAGAGAUGACGUGAAACGGAAUAAAUAACAAUGGCGUGAAGGGGAAGGGAGUAAGUAGGUGGGGCGCGGUGUCUCUCUUUGUGUGUUGUUUUAAUUACAACGGUGGCCUUUUCCGUCGCGCUUAUUCGCUGUUACGCCCAAUUAUUUUGCUGUCUUCUAUAUCUAGAGAAAGGAGAAAAAGAAAAA